AAAGGUUCUAACACCUUUAUUUUCCUUUGUAGCUUGACUCAUGGUAUGUCAUUUUAAAUGGCACUGUAGAAAUUAGUCAUCCAGAUGGGAGAGUAGAAAAUCUCUUCAUGGGGAACAGUUUUGGAAUUGUUCCCACUCUAGAUAAGCAGUACAUGCAUGGAGUUGUCAGGACCAAAGUCGAUGAUUGUCAGUUUGUCUGUAUAGCCCAACAGGAUUAUUGGAGAAUUUUAAACCAUGUGGAAAAAAAUACCCAUAAAGUUGAGGAAGAGGGAGAAAUUGUCAUGGUACAUGAGCACCGAGAACUAGACCGGAGUGGAACCAGGAAAGGACACAUUGUAAUCAAGGCAACACCUGAACGUCUGAUCAUGCAUUUGAUAGAAGAACAUUCUAUUGUGGACCCAACAUAUAUAGAAGAUUUCCUGUUAACUUUUAGGACAUUUCUUGAAAGUCCUUUGGAUGUUGGGAUCAAGCUUUUGGAAUGGUUUAAGAUUGACAGCUUAAGGGAUAAGGUGACCCGGAUUGUACUCUUAUGGGUAAAUAAUCAUUUUAACGAUUUUGAAGGUGAUCCUGCUAUGACUCGAUUUCUAGAAGAAUUUGAAAAAAAUCUGGAAGAUACAAAAAUGAAUGGUCAUCUCAGGUUAUUGAAUAUUGCCUGUGCUGCAAAGGCUAAGUGGAGGCAAGUUGUGCUACAGAAGGCAUCCCGUGAGUCGCCACUGCACUUCAGCCUUAAUGGAGGCAGUGAGAAGGGAUUCGGUGUUUUUGUUGAAUGCGUAGACCCUGGUAGCAAAGCUGCUGAUGCAGGACUGAAACGGGGUGAUCAGAUAAUGGAAGUCAAUGGACAAAAUUUUGAGAAUAUUACAUUUGUUAAAGCUCUUGAAAUUUUGAGGAAUAAUACUCAUCUUGCACUUACUGUGAAGACCAACAUUUUCGUGUUCAAAGAAUUGCUCAGUAGGACUGAACAAGAGAAAUCUGGUAUACCUCAUAUUCCCAAAAUUGCCGAAAAAAAAAGUAAUCGCCAUUCAAUCCAAGAUGUCCCAGGGGAUAUUGAACAGACAUCACAGGAGAAAGGAAAUAAGAAAGUUAAAGCAAAUACUGUUUCAGGUGGAAGAAACAAAAUCAGAAAAAUUUUGGAUAAAACACGAUUUAGUAUCUUGCCUCCAAAACUGUUUAGUGAUGGAGGCCUGAGCCAAUCACAAGAUGACAGCAUUGUGGGAACCAGGCACUGUAGGCACAGCCUGGCUAUAAUGCCAAUUCCUGGAACUCUCUCAUCCAGCAGCCCAGAUCUCUUGCAGCCCACCACCAGCAUGUUGGACUUUUCCAAUCCUUCAGAUAUUCCUGAUCAAGUUAUAAGAGUUUUCAAAGCAGAUCAACAAAGUUGCUACAUUAUCAUCAGUAAAGAUACCACAGCUAAAGAAGUGGUAUGCCAAGCUGUUCAGGAAUUUGGUUUGACUGGUGCAUCUGAAACAUACUCUCUCUGUGAAGUUUCUGUUACUCUGGAGGGUGUCAUAAAGCAGAGAAGACUUCCGGACCAGUUCUCCAAAUUAGCUGAUAGAAUUCAACUCAAUGGAAGGUAUUACCUUAAAAAUAACAUGGAAACAGAAACAUUAUGUUCUGAUGAAGAUGCCCAGGAACUACUUAAGGAAAGCCAACUGUCCAUACUACAGCUCAGCACCAUUGAGGUUGCCACCCAGCUUUCAAUGAGGGACUUUGAUUUGUUCCGUAAUAUUGAGCCUACUGAAUACAUUGAUGAUCUUUUUAAAUUAGAUUCUAAGACAGGAAAUACUCACUUGAAACAAUUUGAGGACAUUGUAAACCAAGAGACAUUCUGGGUUGCCUCAGAGAUUUUAAGUGAAUCCAAUCAGCUCAAAAGAAUGAAGAUUAUUAAACAUUUUAUUAAAAUUGCCCUUCAUUGCCGAGAAUGCAAGAACUUCAAUUCCAUGUUUGCAAUAAUAAGUGGCUUGAACCUGGCACCCGUAGCACGACUCAGAGGCACUUGGGAAAAGUUACCAAGCAAAUAUGAGAAACAUCUCCAAGAUCUACAAGACCUUUUUGAUCCAUCUAGAAACAUGGCAAAAUACAGAAAUAUUCUUAGUAGUCAAAGCAUGCAGCCUCCAAUUAUUCCACUCUUUCCUGUUGUCAAGAAAGAUAUGACAUUUCUUCAUGAAGGAAAUGACUCCAAAGUCGAUGGCUUAGUAAACUUUGAGAAGCUAAGAAUGAUUGCCAAGGAAAUUCGUCAUAUUGUUCGAAUGACUUCUGCUAACAUGGACCCUGCCAUGAUGUUCCGACAGAGGUCAUUGAGUCAAGGCAGCACAAAUUCAAACAUGCUAGAUGUUCAGGGAGGUGCUCACAAGAAAAGAGCACGCCGCAGCUCACUGCUGAAUGCCAAGAAGCUAUAUGAAGAUGCCCAAAUGGCAAGGAAAGUGAAACAGUAUCUUUCUAGUCUGGACAUAGAUACAGAUGAGGAGAAGUUCCAGAUGAUGUCACUGCAGUGGGAGCCUGCAUAUGGUACCUUGACAAAGAACUUGACUGAAAAAAGGUCAGCCAAGUCAUCUGAAAUGUCACCCGUGCCUUUGAGAUCAGUUGGCCAAACAGCGAAAGUCCACCUGCAUCAGCCACACAGAGUGAGCCAGGUGCUUCAGGUGCCUGCAGUUAAUCUGCACCCCAUCAGAAAGAGAGGACAAGCCAGAGACCAUGUGCUAAGUACAAGUUUACCUCCAAAGGGUUUAGGACCAACUGAAGAAGUGAGUGGUAAGAAGCACACAGAAGACACUGUUUCUGUGGCAUCCUCUCUGCAUUCUAGCCCUCCUGCAUCUCCUCAGAGUUCCCCUCGCAAAGGUUACACACUCAUACCAUCAGCCAAGUCUGACAACUUGUCUGACUCCAGCCACAGUGAAAUCUCCUCUCGGUCCAGCAUUGUGAGCAACUGUUCCGUGGACUCCAUGUCUGCGGCUCUACAGGAUGAACGGUCUUCCGCCCACACCCUGGCAGUUCCUGAGCCCAUGGCGGGGACAUUGGAAAAGACAGAUCACCCUUCAGGAAUCAGAGACCACAGUCAGCUUGGUCACGGGUGGAUGCUGUCAAAGCCGACUCUUAUCAAGGGUGUAGCUGUCCCAUCUUCUCUGAGCAGUGAAGAGAUGUCUCAUGAGCACAUCCUGCUGGAAGCAGCUGACAGUGGGCGGGGCAGUUGGACUUCCUGCUCCAGCAGCUCCCAUGACAACUUCCAAAGCCUUCCAAACCCCAAAAGCUGGGACUUUCUGAACACUUACAGGCACACACAUUUAGAUGACCCUAUUGCUGAGGUUGAGCCCACUGACUGUGAGCCCUGUGCCUGUUCUAAAGGAGGCUACUCAAGAACUUGUGGCCAGUGCAAAGGCAGCCUAGAGACCAGUCAGCUGAGGCAGAGUUGGGCCUCUUCUAGCUCCCUCUCGGACACAUAUGAACCGAACUAUGGGACAAUUAAGCGGAGGGUUUUGGAAAGUGCACCAACAGAGGCCCCUGGUGGCUUGGAGACCAGGGACACCACUGACCCAGUUUAUAAAACUGUCACUUCCAGUACAGACAGAGGGUUGAUUGUGUACUGUGUCACCUCACCCAAGAAAGGUGAUAGGUAUAGGGAGCCACCUCCCACUCCUCCAGGAUAUCUGGGAAUUUCUUUAGCGGACGUAAAGGAAGGACCCCACCCUCAUCUAAAACCUCCAGACUAUAGUGUGGCAGUGCAGAGGUCAAAGAUGAUGUUUAACAGCCUGUCUAGAUUGCCGCCAGCUCCUCCCAGUAGCCACACCUUGGCCUGGGUUCCCUCGAAGACCGGAUCCCAGCCUCACAGGCAUAGCUUGCAGCCGUCCCAUCCCAAACUAGCAGAUGUGGCUGAUGCAGAUAGCGAAGCAGAUGAAAAUGAGCAGGUGUCUGCAGUCUAGUCUUUGGAUGCCCUUUGGAGACCACUGGAAGUCAGGAGCAUGGACAAGAGCUCGUGGUUCUGCAGGCCAAGGCCAACAGCUCACUGCUGUCACCAACCAUGAAGUUUCCUCGCUGGGCUGAGGAUGAGCUCUUCCUGAGUCAUGCUUCCGUUUCUUCUGGCCCUGUAGGUGCAGUUUUCUUAAACUGGAUGUUGCACCUGAUCCCAGCCUUCACUUUGCACAUCACUCCUGCCUUGGGACCACAUUCAAGCUCAGAGUUGCCCCCCUGUAUAUCACUAUAGGUUUCUCUUUUUGUAAAUCAUUUUAAAGAUAGUGGUAUUAUUAUUUCCAAGCCAUAGCUUGGGCUAAAGGACACAUUCAAAAUGUCUGCCAAUACCAAGGAUAGUCUUGUGUAUUUGAAAAGUAACUUAUUAUUUAAAGUAUUGUGGUUUUGUUUGUAUUCAAGAGCUCUUGUUAGCUGUUGUUUGUCUGAGGCUAUACAGCUGUCUAUGGUCUGAGCAACAGACAUCAUCCUGUCAUAGGUAUAGAGAUGUGGCACUAUUGUAGCAGACACUCAGGUGGGAACUAGACACCUAUACAGGUGAAGUGUGAGCAGCCUGCUUAUCAUGGCAUGGGCUUUAACAGCCAUAGGGGUCUUAGCAAUCCUUUGGGAAGGGGAACAGAGGUCGAAUAGGGAGGGAGAACCCUAAUUUCCAAAGAAGGAAUAGUUAACAUUGGAUCUAUUUCUGAAGUGAACAUCAUGCUGCGUCCAGUUGUGAGGAUUCUACAAAUCCAAUGGGAAUGGCUUCUAGAGAGUUUUGUUUCUAUUGGAACCCACCCUAAGCUAACAUUUCACAACUCAAGUGUGGAAUUCCUAGUUUAAACAAAUUAGUGUAGGAGCUAGAGAGAUGGCUCAGUGGUUAAGAUGCUCUUGCAGAGGGCCCUGGUUUAUUUAAUUCCUAGCCCUCAUAUGGUAGCUCACAACUGCCUGUAACUCCAGAAGUGGAAUCCAACACCCUCCUGGUUUCCGGAAGCACUGAGUACAUGUGGUACAUAGGCAUUUUUUAAGUAUGGAUGUAAUGAUGAAGGUCAUCUUGACUUAUUUGGUGGCUUGCACUACAAGCCACAUGUGCAAUCAUUGAACUUGAACUUAGAACCCUCCACAGAGCUCAGUAACCAAGGGAUAGACUUGUGUAAGAGAAAGGCACUAGGGUAAUGGAGGGGACUUCUACCCUGGAGAGGACAUCCUUUGUGACCUCCUGGAUAUGGCACUCUUUAUUCAAAUUCAGUGACUGCUUAUGAAAUAAAGUAGACUUUUCACAUUUUUACAAAUUAAUCAUAACAUUUUGUAGUUAAUGUAUUUAAAUGUUAAAUAACAUAUUUAAAUUUUUUCAUUUGCUUUGUAAUAUAAAGGCAAAUAAGGUUUCAUAAACUUCUGUAAUUACCAAAAAAAGCCAAAGCCAUUCUAAGUGCACUAAGCAUGGCAGCAUUGCUGCAGAGCAGUCACGUGACCAACGCCUUCUCAAGACUGUGCUUUUCUGCUGCUCUCUCUUCCUGUUUCCUGCCAACCACUUGAGAAUCAGAACAGCUUCAAAUGUAAAUGUUUUGUCCUCCCACAGAAUGCCUGUCUCUUUAGGAAAAGUAGGGACUGAUGAAUUCCCCUGGGGAGACCUUAACCCAGAAGCCUUAGACGUGAGCCCAGGUGCACUUCAGUACAGUGAGGCAGAACCUUGCUGGCCCUUCAAAGUUGAAAGCAUCCUGCGCGGCCACUGAAGCUUAACAGCCAUGCUUAACUGAUCUGACCUAUGAACUGUGCUGUCUCUGAGUGUGAAGUUUUUUAUUCACCUGUUUGCAUAAUAUUGUUUCCGUGUCCAAAACAAAGUAAGUAUUUUUGCUAUGUCCACCUUUUUAAUCCAAGUUUGGGUACUCAUUGCCACCAUUUUCUAUCCAUUACUCUAGAGAAAUGUGCUCUUUGCACAGCUUCUGUUUGUCUAGCAGGUCUUCAGACAGAGCCUGACCUGCCUUGGUCCUCAGUGGUGUAAAUAUCUUGCACAGAGCAUUGAGGCUUGUGGCUUUGAACUUGCACUGUGUAGCUGCCUUGGUUAUAUCGAGCUUUAUCUGUGAGUGUUCAGACCAGCUGAUCAUAUUGAUCAGAAUGAAAACCAAAUGAUUUGUGAUAUGAUGUAUAUAAGUCCCCGAAAAAAAUCAUGUCUGCCUUUUUUCUUUACUUUGUCAUGUGACUAGAACAAGGGAAGCCUUAAGCCCAUGCUUGCUCCAGUUCCAAAUCCCCAUCUGUCCUUGUCCUAAGUGUAACAUGACUAAAGAGGCUAGUGCCCAGCAUCUGCCAAGACUGUCAGAGCAGGAGACUCUUCGUGCAGAAUCUGCCAAACAGUGAGAGAUUGGUUACUGAGUCCCAGUGCUCGUUACAGCAAGGUUCCUUGCGAUCCCCAGACUUCAUUUCCUGUAACUGGUGUCUUUCAACGUGAUCUUUGAAGAGAAAAAUCCUUUAGAGAAUAUUCACGAGGGUGACAUGUUCAUCUCUGUGAUCUCUACCAAACUGGAAAAGCAGCAGUAGCUACACUAGUUUCUUUAUAAUUACAAAAAAGGGGGGAGGAAAAAGGAUUCCUUAAGUUUAAAACAGUGAUUACUUGGAUUGAAAGGUUCUAGAAGACAUUAAGUGUAUCCUUUCAGAAUUCCAUUACAUGCUGUAAAGGGGAGGGGGAAUCAGCCUUGAGUUGGGUACAUUUUCAAGUUGAAACUUAAACCCUACUUCAUCUUUAGCUUUUGUGCUAUUUAAAAGGCCUCUUUAUUUUUAAUGUACAGAAUGCAGUUGACCUGGUAGAUGUUUUAACAUUGAAAUGUGAGUUUAGCAAAAAGCAAAAUUGCACAGUUGCUAUGAUCAAGUGACAAUUAUCUGCACAAUUCAAUGAUUGUAAGGCAUCCUGUAACAAGCAAUGUUGUCUCCUAGUUUUUGAUGCCUCUUAAACUUAUGUCUUUUAGAAAGACAGUGCCUCUGUAUGCUUUUGUAUUUUUACUGAGUGUAAAUACUUGUUAUAUUUUUGGUUAAGAGAAUGUAAGGGUAUCAUUUAUUACCACGUCUCCUAACACAUUGAAACCAAUAAAGAACCUGCAUUAACUGUG